GACUGUUGUAAUGUUUUCAUUUUUUUUUUUCAUUCAUUUUAAAUAUUAUCUUUCUAACGAAAAAACGCACACCACCACUGGCAUAUAUGUAUUUUGUUAUAAAACCACUGGCGUACGUCGACGCGAUCCGACUGACUCCGAAUCGCACCGACCCGAUCGGAAAUAUCUCCGUGCGGAACGUAGUAGUUAUUCCCCUUUCAGUCAACGUAUCGCUUGUGCUAGUUCUCUCGUUUAUUCUAUUUAUUGAAGGUGAUUCGUCAGUAAAAUCGAUGUCAGGGUUAAUAGACGAGGAACAACUGAUUCGACUGGUGCGGGAACACCCAGCACUUUACGAUAUGUGUCACGUGAGCUACCACAAUCAUUUGCGGCGCGACAUUAUCUGGGAGGAAAUUGCUGACAAAUUGGAGAGUCGCGCUGAAGAGUGUCGUAAAAAAUGGCAGUCGCUGCGCGACUUGUAUCGCAAAUCGCUGCGCAAAAAAUUAGCGAAGCGGGGCAAAUUUAAACCAUGGAGGCUUCAAAACCAAAUGGCCUUUAUGAAAGAAUACAUGGACGACCGAAACAAAGUAAAGAGGGAAAACAAUGAAGAUGAUGAAGAUCUAGAUCAACUUCUAGAGAAAGAGAAAGCGUCAAAAGGACGACUGAUGAACAUCAACGAGCAGAAAUUGAUUGAACUGGUGGAAAAUAAUCCACAUUUGUACAAUCCGCACGACGCCAACUAUCAUAAUCAUUCUGAAAGGGAUAAGAGUUGGGUGGAAAUUGCCGAAAUAUUAGAUCACGAUCCUCAAGAUUGUCGUGAGAAAUGGAGGACACUGCGGGAUUGUUAUAGAAAAUGUCUCAGAAAUCGCUUAAAAGGUUCCGCAAAAGGUAAACACUCGAAAAACUGGCGAUUAGAAAAUCAGAUCAGCUUCAUAACACCGUUCUUAGAAAACGAUGGUCGUUCAAAAGAUUUAGAAAAUUCUGAGGACAUUUCGCAGGAUUCAUCAAUCGAUGAUGAAACUUUGGAAGCAAGGGACGACGAGGAGAAAAGACACGAAACUACAGUGAGAAUUGUAGAUCACUUAACUAAAUACUUUGAAUCUGCUGAGGAAACAUUGAGGACGUUUCCCGCCGAUCUGCAAAUUGAAGCUAAAAGGAAAAUUUCAGAAGUGAUCCACGAGUAUGAAAUGAUUGCCCUUAAAAGGAAUUGUUCAAGUUGAUUCAAUAUGUGAUGUUUGUAAAUAAAAUUAUUUAUGAAUACUAUUUUUGUGAUACACAUUAAAUAAAAGACAAAUUAAAG